AUGGAUUUCUUAAAAGAAGACUUUGGAGAUAAAUUAGAUGUUGAAAGUUUGAAAGCGGUUAGGGAAAAAUUAAAUAUUUUUCAAAAAGAUAACAAGGAAAUUUACGCUAGAACACAGGAAUUAGAGCGAGAAAAAGCAAAAUUGACAUUUGGAAAAAUUUUAGACCUUGACGGUUUAGCCAAAGUUGUGAAAAGAUUGAAUGAUUUAAGUGCAGAAUUGGCAGAUAAAAACAAUGAAAUAGUUAGUUUGGGAGGCAACAUUGAGAGUUUAAAAAAUCAACUUUCAGAAAAGGAGAAAGAAAUAGUUAAAAAAGACUCAGAUAUUAAACUCAGGGAUGAAACAAUUGCGGAUAAAGAAAAAAAUAUUCAACAAUUACAAAAAGAUGUUAAUAAUAAUAAAGAUUUGAGCAACAAAAUAAAAGAACUAGAAGCCGUGAUUGCUCAAUCAACAAAAGAACUAAAGAGAGAAACCAAGCAAGAAUUAACCUCCUUUUUCCAAGACAUGGACAUUAGCGAUGACGAUAUUAACGAAAAAUAUGGUAAUAAUUUUGAUUAUGAAACCGUUAUUGAUGAAAAACUGACCUUAAAAAAUAGAAUGGAUAUGAAAAAAGCCUUCAAAAUAGUAGCAUGUAUCUGUGCUACAGAGAAGUUUGAGGAAUUGAAUAAACCUUAUGAAAAAAAUCCUGCAUCUAGAACAGAACGCUUACAAAGCAUGCUGGAAAAAAUUGCGAAUAACUGA